GAGGAGAAGGAGGAGGAGGUGGUGGUGGUGGUGGUGGUGGUGCUGCCGCUGCUCCGCUGCUGCUGCUACGACAAUGACACAGCGUCAUAACACGAUGUUCGUCCGGCCGUGCGAUUUAACGUAAAACAAGCGGCGUUCUGUGUUCAUCGAGAACCUGCCUUCCUUUUCUCUCUCUCUCUCUCCCCCCGCCCCGCCCCGUUCCCCGUUCUGCUUAGCAGCGAGCGAUCAAGCGAGCGUUCUGUGUGGAGUCGCGCGAGGGAAUGAUCUACGUCGUUUCGUGUACGCUGACGUGGAAGGGAUAAGAGAGGAAGAGUGAGAGAGAGAGAGAGAGAGAGAGAGAGAGAGAGAGAGAGAGUAAGGAGGAGAAGGAGAAGGAGGAUCGGAGGAAGAAGGGAGACAAGGAGCGAGGAAGAAGCAGAAGAAGAAGAAGAAGAGGGGAGAGCCUCCUUUCUCGAUGCGGAGAGCGGUUUCUCUCGUUUCCCGUGACAGUGGGCCACGAUGACACGAACGAGUGUCGUUCGUUCGUUGGACGAGUAGUAGCAGCGGCAGCAGCGGCAGCAGUAGCAGCAGCAGCGGCAGCAGCAGCAGCAGCAGCAGCAGUAGUAGUAGCAGCAGCAAGAGCAACGGCAACAGUAGCAGCGACAUUAGUAGUAGUAAUAGUAGCAGUAAUAGUAAUAACAGUAGUGUGACCAGUUGUGUUAAGUGGUCGGCUUGUGUGUGAAACGGUACGAUAUCGUAAAGCCGGCUCGCAGCUAGUAGUUCGAUUUGAAGGUUGCCAGUUAUAGUUUCGUUGGAAGGGAGUGAUAUUAUACUUGUAUAUCCGGAUAUAUACAUACAUAUACAUAUAUAUAUAUAGAUAUAUAGAUAUAUAUAUACAUAUAUAUAUAUACAUGUAGUCAACGCACGCGUUCUGUCAGUACGAAGAGGCGUCCUUCACGAUCGAGGUCGCUACGAUCGGUCGUGUCGUGUCUGUUCGUUCAUCGCCGGUCAUCGAUAUCAAGGCAAGAUCGCGCGCUUUCGUUCGACGAGAAAAAGAGAGACACAGUGAGUCGGGAGACGAUACGCCACACGGCCUUGGGAACCGGCCGAGGCGUAGUAGUUCUCUCGCGCGCGCGUCUUUUCGCAGCAGCGUACGCAAGCUCGUCAUUUACCGGCAGAGAGUGAGUGAGAGAGAGAGAGCGAGAGAGAGAGAGAGAGAGAGCGCGCGUGUGUGAGAGAGAGAGUGAGAGAGAGUGAAAGAGAGUGAGAGAGGGGGUAUAGAGAGAGAUAGAAAUAAAGAGAGCGUGCGCGCGUCCUAGCCGGCACAGCUACUACAGCAUUUAGCUCACAUUAGACGAGGUGACAUGGAAUUUUCUAUCGUCUUUUCUUCGUCUUCUUCGUUCGACGCGGUGCGCGAGUGUCCACCGUUAAAUUUCGAAUUGUGGUCGAUCGAUCGACUAGUAUCGAAAUCGUCAAUGGAUUUCCUAUGAAUAAACAAACAAGUGUUAAGGGAAGAACACGUUUCCGUCGUCACGACUUUGAAUGAUGUAUCUGAUGUAAGACAGAAAGAUAGUAUAGAGAGAAAAAGAGAGCGAGAGAGACAGACAGAUAGACAGACGUAGAGAGAGAGAGAGAGGGAGAGAAGGGAGAGAGAGAAGAGAAAAGUUAGCACGCGUGUGUUCGUGCAAGUGCGAUCGCGUUGUAAUCCUACGAAAGCUAAUAUCAAAUCGAUCGUCCUGGAUAUCGUCGCGUGGACCGGUAACUCUUCCGCCGAGGAUGUCGUGCUACGACGACGGCCGCUCCGAUAGCACGAGCAGCAGCAGCAGCAGAAGCAGCAGCAGUAGUAGCGGUAGCAGUGGUAACGGUAACACCGGCAGUAGCAGCGGUGGCAGUGGCACCAGUGGCAACAACAGCAAGAACAGUAGUAGCACCAGCAGAAGCAGCGGCAGCAAUAAUAAGAAAAAUAAUAGCGAAGAGAGUAGAAGACUCGUGACGUGGAAGAUAAGCGAAGUGGGUAGUAUCGUUACUCGUCGGGUGCCGGUCGUAAAGGCGUGAUCGUUUCUUUUCCGACGGAGGAUGCUUCAGAGCGACAACAACGACAACCUGCUGGUGGUAUCUAAACGUAGGCGUGCGCCGUGCGUUCCAGUGAUGUCGGGGUUCCUUGCAGCGCCGCUGGACCUGGACCAUGGCCGGCAAGCCUGAGCAGCAGCCGUCCACGCACCCUGCUCCCCCGAACCACGAUCAUCAUCAUCAUCAACAGAAACAGCAGCAACAACAGCAGCAGCAGCAGCAGCAGCAGCAGCACCAACAGCAGCAGCUUCAGCUUCAACAACAGCACCCGCAGUAUCAGCAACAGCAGCAGCAACAUCCUCAAAAUCCGCAGCAUCAACAGCAACAAAGCAACAAUAAUAACAACGGCGGUGGUGGCAGCGUUCUGGUCUACGUUUCGGGGGAGAACUUUGCUUACGCCACGGCGGUGGGUGGUCAAAAUGCCGCCGCCACAGCCGCCGCCACGGCCGUCGCGACGACCACGGCCGGCUAUCGGCUAUCAUCGCCGAGGCAUCAGCCGGCGACGGCUUACGUUGCCGGUGGUGUCAUUCCGACGCAACUUCCGACGGCGGCUACUUGCUUUCCCGCCAAAACCGCCAACUCGGCUGCCGCCGCCGCCGCCGCCACCGUCGCCGCCACCACCACCACCACUGCUAUCACCACCACCACCACCAUCGCUACCACCACCACCACCACCGUCGUUGCCGUCGAUCGUGCUCGGACGAAUUUGAAAAGGUCUAACGAUCAUCAUGCCGUUUCGGUAACGACGACGACCACGUCCGCGAUAACGACGACAGGGAACACGGCAACGACGACAGUAGUAGCGACGAGCGAUGCUCGAAGGGAUCAAGCGAGGUCGUCGAACGACGAGGAGGAUGAUUACGUCGGUGGUAUCGUCUACGGAAGGACUCAAGUCGUCGCUGGUAGAAUACUGGGCAAUGAGUAUUCCCAGGAAACCGGUAGACGAGCUAGCAAGGACGAUACGAGCCUCAAGAUGUAUCCAUCCCAUCGCUACAACAACGCAGCGAACAGCAACGUCGUUGCUGGUGCUUCUGCCGCCGUUGUUGUUGGUUCUGGUGGUAACACUGUCAACAGGAUUGGCUUGCUCGAGAGCAACGAGGCUCGAGUGACGCGUUUUGUGCGACAACAGACGAGCGACGUCGGUGUUGUCGACAGAAGAGACGAUAAAGUUAGGCAACAGCAGCAACAGCAACAACAGGAUGGAUAUGACGGGCAGACUGGAUCUUCCUUGUCCGGUGAUUCGGUGAGGUCAGACAUCGGUGAAUCGUCGACGUACAGCAGUCUCAGCAGUCCGGAGAGUCAGAGUCAAACGUCCUCGCACGACGGCUCGAACAACGUGACGAUGAAUGGUGCGGUAGGAGGUGGUGCUUGUAGUAGUGCUAGUAGUGCUUCUUCUGGUGCGGGUGGUGCAAGUGGUGCGUGCGUGCAGCAACAGCAGCAGCAGCAGCAGCAACAGCAACAACAACAACAACAACAGCAAUCGACGCGAUCAUCCUCAACGACGAGGCUCGCGGUUGCGAACAGCAACAACAACGAGAACGGUGCUAACGCGCAGCACAAUGUUGUGCUCACGAUGAACGGUAAUGCGGUGCUCGCGCAACAACACCAGCAGCAACAGCAGCACUCUGUCACGGUGCCACGUGGAUGGAAGAGGAUAUGCGCCAACGGAGUCAUCAUUUAUAUCAGUCCGAGCAGCACGGCUCUAGGCUCGUUGGAUCAACUGAAGAAGUACCUGACGACAGCGGGAACCUGUAAAUGUGGUCUCGAAUGUCCUCUCAGACCUGAACAGGUCUUCAACUUCGACCCCAAGAUUGCAACGCGACCUUGGAGCCCGGAUCAGGGCAAGACGCGAGAGAUGACCAAGCUCUGCAACCAUAAGAGGAAACUUUUGCUACCGAGCGCAGCAGCCAGCCCUGUUGCCGCCUCCUGUACCUUGCCGGUCUCCCCUUCGACGUUAUCUUCUGGACCAACGUCGUCGACGGCAGCGCCGACAGCAGCGGCACCGAUUCACGCCGACUCGCCCACCUCGCCGGACAAAACCAGAAAAGAUGGUCUCAGCAAGAAAAAGAAGAGAAAACUGGUGGGUAUAGGGGGCUUGUACUCAGGAGUUUCCGUAUCGCAACUUCUGGCACAACGGGAAAGAGCUAUCGCUGCUGUUUCCACGUCGGGAGUUCAAGGUUCAUCGGUGCCUAAUGGAUCGCAGGUGUGGCCGAUCGCGAUCCCUAAUUUGCAGAUGCAACAACCCAAUCAACAAAUCUGCCAUCAAUCGUUAAAUUCACCCUCUCAAAAUCACGACGUGAAUAGUUCGGCACGAAACGCUCAACAGCGGUUAAAUCAGCACAAUAUGCCUGGGAUGCUAAUGGGAAAUCCGCUAAUUAUGAAUCAGCAAAGUACUAAUUUCAAUAAUAUGACCCAACAACAGCAGCAGCUUUUGCAGCAACAGCACCAACAAUUAUUACUACAGCAACAGCAGCAACAGCAGCAACAGCAGCAGCAACAGCAACAGCAACUGAUGCAGCAGCAUUUAUCGCAGCAUCAACAGCAACAGCAACCUCAGCAACUUUUACCUCAUCAUCAACAAAUGCAGCACAUGCCGUUGUUGCAACAACAUCAGGAGCAGCAACAGCAGCAACAACAGCAACCACAUCCCAACGCUGUAGUGAAUCAAUUGUCGCAACAGCAAGUUCCUCAUUAUAUAAAUCAGUUGAAUCAACAAUCCUUGCACGUUAUGCAGCAACAACAACAGCACUUGAACCAACAGCAACAGCUCCACAUACAACAAAUUCAAAAACACAAUAUGCAACCGCCACAACAGCAGCACUUAACAUCGGAAAUGGAUCAACAGCAAACAGGAAAUUAUAAUUCACAACUUCCUCAAGAAGGUUAUGUGCAUCAUUUACAAUCUUCGCAAAUGUCGCAACCUGUACUUCAUCCGCUUCAGCACCAGCUACAUCAACAUCAGAUACAGCAACAGCAGCAACAACAGCAACAGGAUCAGCAUGGUAUGCAGACUCAAACUAUCGAUCCAUUUCAAAUGCAAAUACAACAACUACAACAACAGCAGCAACAUCAACAGCAGUUGUCGCAAAUGUGCGUGCAGGCUCAGUAUCCUAAUCAGCAAUUAUCUCAUCAUACGAUGGAUAUUAUACAGCAAUCUAACGGCGGGUCCGUUAUGAGUGGAAUCAAUCCUUCCGAUAUGCAAAAUAGACAUGGUCGUACGCAAUCAGCUACGGAAGAUGAUUUAAGUGCUAAGCAAAUGCAACAGCAGCAACAACAACAGCAACAGCAACAACAGCUGUUGAUGCAUAAUCAUAAUUUGCAACGGCAUCAAAUCGUUGAGAAUGGAAAUCUGUCAAAUAAUCCUCACGAAAAUGCACAACGAAUGUAUACGCAAGGCCAAGUUCAGUAUCCAGCGAGAAACUUUGAUACUCAGAAGAUAUCGACUGUGGAAGCCAAAUUUGGUCAUCAACAACAAUACACUUUAGUCAGCCACGCGGGAAGAAGUCCAACUAUUAACCAUGCUACAGAAGUACAAUCGGGUAUGGGACCAACUAGCGGACAAGCAGGAAAUAUACAUUUUAACACGAGAACACCCCCGUGGCAACAAAAUCGUACGGUUGUCACGACUAAUCAGUCUUCAUUAACUACGGUCCAAAAUAUCACUUGCAAUUCUUUUGAUCGUGUUCCUCCUCUCCAUCAUCACAUUCCACAGACGUCAACCUGGACAGACGAGGUAGCGAGGAAAAAAGCUAAGUCAAGUAAGAGUAUGAUGAAAAAACAGCGUCAGCAUGGUGCAUCGGAUAUAAGGAGUAAUAAUGGUCUUGAUCAGCCGAUACCAAGUCCAAUUGACGAAUUUAAUGAUAAAGCGCAACAGAAUAGCGAUCAAAUCGGUUCCACGGUUAACAGCAGUGGCCCCUCAUUUUUAGAGGAUCCUAGUGGUUAUUUAGCACAGCAAACCGCUUUACUAAAUAGUACUAUAUCGCGGCAAACUGGCGUUAAUAACACUCAAGUGGCCAUAUUGAAUAGCCCGAAAGUACAACAAACGAAUCACAGUACUCAUACAGCAAGUAAUCCCUAUCUUGCACAACCAAAGCCUUCCUCUGCUGCCAGUCCUUCAAGUACAACAUUUAAUUCUGUGAAAAAUCAUGCCACUUCGCCAGUAGUGGUGCACAGCAGUAUGACGCCGACGUCUAGUAACGGUGCCAUCGAUUCCGACGGUAGCCCUUGCCAUGGCUGUGUUAGCAGUGGUGACAAUCAAUCCUUCGUUCAAGAUCAAUAUAACAAACAGCAAUUACAUCGACAAUACGUAUUGCAUUCUGAUCAACGCGAGGAUCCUGUUACAUCGUCGACGUUUGGUGAGAAAUAUCAAGGGAGUCAACAACAAAUUGAUUCAAGACCUAUUCAAGGAGGCACUGUUAGUACUAGUCACGGUUCACCGAUCGGUACAAAUAGUCCAGCCAAUUCGGAUGUCCCCGCUUCCUCGACACCUGGAAUAUCUCAACCAGCGACACCACAGAGUUUAACCUCGUCCCAACCAUCGACCCCGCAUAGUUAUUCGCAACCACCGACGCCCCAUUCCCUUGCAUCGUCGUCUGGUCAAUUGCCAUCUCAACCUUUAACUCCGCAUUCUCAUCCAUCUUCGUCGAAUCAGUUUGCAACUCAACCGUUAACUCCUCAGGCACCGCAGCCUUCGCAAUCAUCGUCUAAUAACAGUUUGGAACAGCACUUGGAAAUGUCGUGUUCAGUCGCAAAUAAUCCCAGCGCUAUUUCACCAAGUACAUCUCCUUCUCAAACAUAUUCUACGCCUAUGGACAAUAUAACGUCUCAGCUACCAAAAAGACAGGCUGUCAGUACGAGACAGCUAUCGCUAGAUGGUUAUCAACCACAUCCACAUACAGUGAAUACAGUUUCAAGGAUACCAUUAAAUUCUUUUACCAGUACGUCGUCCGUGAUAACGACUAUGGCAAGCGGACAUACGGUUAGUAGUAAUACAAUUACGUCUGUGCUUGCUGGAAGAGCGAAUACGGCGACCGUAUCUAUAAAUACGCCCUUGGGGAUGCCUAACCCCGCUAUUUUAAACAUUCUUUCCAAUAAACCUCAGCAGCCAACGACGGCACCGCCCGCUCUCGUGAAUGUAACAGCGACGUCGACAACGGCGCAUCAUCCGCAUUCGAUUCCCCUUACACCUAGUCAAUCGUCGACGAUCACAGUAUCGAAGUCACCAUUGGAGAUGGUUCAGAGUGUAGUAAGUAGUAUUCAGGUACCUCAAGCGACAACUAAUUCACCAAUGCCACAGACUCAACAACAGCAACAUCAGCAACAACAACAGCAGCAUCAACAACAGCAACAACAACAACAGCAGCAGCAUCAACAGCAGCAGCAACAACAACAGCAACAACAACAGCAACAACAACAACAACAACAGCAACAACAACAGCAGCAGCAACAACAGCAACAGCAUGCUCAGCAACAGCAACAUCCGCAAUCGAACGUUCAAGUUCACAAUGUUCUUACAUCUGGUGGUAUACUGAAGCAUCCAACCGGAUCUACUUUGCCACCCGGGCAUAUCUUAGUGUCCAGUGGUGGACAGCUCAUAAUGGCAAGCACUGGGUCUGCUAUUAAUGGCGUGAUGGCACCGCCACCCCCAAAAAUCAUUUCUAAUGCGAAUUCAAUGCCACCGUUAUCCGUUUCGCCGAUGGUCACUAGUGUAACUGGAGCAGUUAGUCAAGUUAUACCGGCAGUUGGUGUAGCUCAGCAAGUGAUAGGACAACCGACGGUUUUGGUUAAUGCUAUACAAACACCGGUUCUUAUUCAACCCGGUGUUAUGACGAUGGACAGUAUUGGACAAAAUGUACAAAUACCUCAUCUCACGGUUGCUACCGGGAACGUUAUACAAAAUGCUCAGUCCAUCUUAGACGCAAAUCAAGAUGUGACGAGGAACGUGAGUACAAAUCAGGGUAUCGUGAACCGUCAACCGGCUCUACUUUCACCCGAAUCCGCGCUGAGUAAAAAGAAAGCGUACAAAAAACGAAAGACCAAUCCUCAAACCGUAGCGUCGAUGCUUCACAUUGCUUCGUCUCAACAAAAUGCGGGUAUGCUUAUGCAAUCGCAAUCGAAUUUUGCACAGCAAAAUUUCCAAACACAGAGCAUAGGUGGGCCGAUGUUGCAGGCCCUUACAAUUGUUCCUGGCAAAGGCGGUGCACCCGCUCAAUUGGUCAUGAAUGGUCAAACUGGUGCAACGUCCGCGCAAUUUAACACUCAACAGAUUAUUACAAAUCCUCAACCUGCUCAACAAAUAAAUCUUUUGCAACCGGUUAAUUUGUUGAAUGGAGCAGCUGGAAUGGUACAGAAUUUCCCUACCAUCCAACAAUUUAUCGUGCCUGGAAUAGGAAGUAUGGUCAUGUCUGCCGACGGUACUGCAACUUUGUUGCAAGAUACUGGAAAUAUAGGAAUGCAGCUACAAAUACAAAAUGUAAACGGUCAGAACGUCCUUACGCCGGUGCAAAGUCAUAGCGGGAUAUUUAGUCCGAGUCAAAGUAUUUUGGCAGCUGGACCGGCUGGGAUGGUGAUCAGAGCACCGCAAGCAACUGGCAGCAAAAUCAUUCAACAGCACAGUCCUGGUGCACAGUUCCUGUCUCCCAAUAGUGGUCAAUUUCUAGUAAACGGAACGACGUCUUUUGGGAAUCAAUUGAGUCCAAUAGUGGCCAAUGUUAGUCCCAAUCAGCAGGUGACAUUUAAUACGUCUCAGGUUAGGCCACCCAAUAUGCAGGGCCAACAGGAAUUUAUACAAAUGAACGGCCAAACGUUGAUGGUACCUUGCGGGACCACCCAAAAUAUUGCCGUUUCAUCAGCACCGAAUCAACAGAACACAACUUUCGUUCAGCAAAACACAACGAUCGUUCAACAACAAACCACUAUGGUAUCGAACAAUCAGAUACCAAAUUUUCAGGCAGCGCCUUCGAACAAUGCAGGGGCCGUUGAUCCAGCUUUAAAUCUCGAUCACAAUCAGCCAUAUAUUCUAAGUUCGGGCAUGAUCUCAGGAAAACCGCCAUCUUCUCCAAAAAAUAGCAUUAAUUCUCCUACCUCUGAUCAAAGCAUGGAACAACAGCAGUAUGUUCUUGCUAGUAGCAGUACUUCCGUUGUCGAGAAAACGGGACAGCAAAUCGAUCAACACAGUCCGUUGAUGGCGAGGCAUUCCGUAUCGACUCAAACAGCUGGUAAUCAGGCAAAUAUAGUACAGGCGGCGAUGAUGAGACAGGGUUCUCCACCAGAUACGACCACGCAUAGUCCAGGAAAUAGUCAGCGGUCAAACAGUCCGGCUGUCGACACGACAACGCACGGAGCAGCUUCUCCCGCGCCACCGAUCAGUGCCAGACAGCAUUCUUCAUCUACGCCCAUGGUUCAUUGCGUGUCAAGCAGCGAACCUGAUUCUGGUGACAUCACGAUGGCGUCAGAAGAUUGGAGGAUUCAGGGUGUUACCACGAAAGAGAUCACACUAAGUCAACCCAAUCUUCACGGGAAGACUUACGUGGAAUCGACGGUGACUACUGGGAUCCAGAUCUAUACGUCAGAGACGUUGAAGCAAGCGGAAGGUGUGGUGAGCACGGUGAGGUGCGAGGGCAGGGAACAUGCCCUCGGCCGAGGAAUCAAGCGAAAGCUGGAGUCCAUCCAUUCGAUGCAUUCCACCCUGCAUGAAGACCAAGAUGCCGAGACAAAGGUGGAGGAGAAAAAGCAAUGGAAACUGGAAGUGGGUGAACUCGUGUGGGGUGCAGCAAGGGGGAGUCCCGCUUGGCCGGGUAAAGUCGAGUCCUUGGGUCCACCGGGCACGAUGACAGUUGGGGUCCGUUGGUACGGGGGAGGGGGCACUCUCACCCAAGUCGAUGUCAAGGCCCUCAAGUCGCUCUCCGAAGGCCUCGAGGCACACCAUCGUGCCCGAAAAAAAUUUCGGAAAAGUCGUAAAUUGAAUAUGCAAUUGGAAAAUGCGAUACAAGAGGCUAUGGCGGAACUGGACAAGAUAAGCGAAUCGUCGCAUCAUCGAGAGAAGACGGCAUCAGCGGUAAGAAGAUCAUCGAAGGUUUCUUCGAGUCCGACCACGACCACGAGAAGUCCUGCUGGCAAUGCCGUCUCUAAGAGAUCGUCCAAGAGAUCAAUGGGAGCAAGUUUGGAUAAUGGAAAAGCCGAUCAAAAGCAAUGUCGAUGAUAAUUCACUUAUAACAACUUAUUCGCCUAUCGUAGAUCAGAAUAAUUCGGAAAUAGGAAAAAUCGAUUAAUUCGAAUAUCGAACGAUAUAAAUGGCACAAAGCUGUUUCUUAUAAUUAUCCAUUCCUCCUUUUAAUCGGCCCCGAAGAGAAAAAUCUUUGAAUUUUCUUCGUUCCUCUUACUCCUUAUUUAUUCCGUCUAGAGUCCUGAAAGCUCCUUUACGAUUGAUUAGCAUCGAAGAACACGUUCUCCCGAUCGCGUUUCUUUGAAACGAAAAAUCGAGACACGCAUACCUACCUUGACGUCGUUCGCUUCUUGUCGAUACCCUUCAAUUAAGAAUUUCUCAGUUGUUCCACGUUGCGAUUGAUCGCUGAUAAAAGUAUUCCCUUUGUCGGCUGUCACUCGUUCCAGAGUAAAGGGAGAUUAAUCGUUACCGCAUUUGUAUAGGCGAUCGUCUAUAUAAUAAUCCGACGUUUCUCAUUCCUCAUUCUACCUUUUCUACAAGACGUAACCUCUUUUCUUUUCCUUUCCCUUUGCGUGCAAAAGUCAUCGGGAAAAGCCUAACUAGUCUAAGAAAAACGAACGAAGAAAAGUUUUAUGUCGAUAUAAUCAAGAGAAAGAGAGAGAGAGAAAGAAUGAUAUGAAGUGGGGAGAUGAGAAUCAGAGUGAUCGGAAUCAAAGUAACGAGCCGUGAGAAAGGAGAACUAAUCUCUAAUGGCAGCAUGGGGACACUUUUUAUAUCAGGCGUGUCUACGGCUACCGAGCUCUCGGCUUUUCAUCGACGUCCACUCGCAUAAUUGAUCGUUACUUCCUGUUCGUUCGUUCGUUACAACGACUACGAAACUAACGAUCAAAGAUCUCGCUCGUUACGAUCUUGCGACGUUCACCGGUAUAAUGAGAUCAAUUUCAACUUUGGACAAAAGAUUAAAUUCAUCGUUCGAUUAAUCGCGAAUUAUUAUUAUUCCAAUGGUGCUAGUUUAUGGUGAAAAUCGUUUUUACGUGAAAGCAAAAAAAAAAAAAAAGAAAAAAGAGAAACAAAUGCACACAAUGUAUUCGCGUGAUCGGAACAAUAUGUAUGUAUGUCUCUACCGUCGUACGAAAAUCAAUGGCCGACGUACGACUGGCCUAUAUCCGACGUUUCACGAUUACUUAAAACAAUGAAUUAAUGACUUAUGGAUUGAUAACAAUGAAAAGCCCGUAGACUCUUUUCUUUUUACGGACUUUCCCAUCCUAAAAUUCUGAGCGUGUAUAUAUCAUAGAUAUAGUAUAUACUUAUACGUAUAUACGUGCGCUUGUACAUAGAAUGUCCUUUUUAUUCCAAACGAUAAAAUCGUAUAUGAAACGGAUAUAGGCGAAUUUCCGUCGAAUAUUGUUUACAAUAUAAAUAUGAAUACUUUCCUCUCGGCAAGGUUCCAAGAAUAACAAUGAAAGAAAAGAAAUGAAAAAGGAAAAAAAGAGAACAAAAUAAGAAAAAAAAAACAAAUUUCGAUAAUUACAAUAUUAUUGCCUUUCCGACUUACGCUUACGAUCGACGAAGAUUUUAGCGAUACUUUCAUCGAAUCACUCUGAAUUGAAAUUUUUACGUACAAAAAAGAUUGUUAUCCUUAACGAUAAGAAUAUUUCGAAUACAAUGCGUAAAACUCUCGAAUACUAUUUUACCGAUCGAUAUCAAUGCGUGUAUGUACAUCUAUAGCAAGGAAAUAGUAUACGAGCUAUCAGUUUUAUUAAAAAGCUAUCUAUGUAUAUUUAGACGCAAGCGUAGGCGGAAAGGAUCGUUUUAAUGAUACGACCUCGCGUUGUACACCAUUAUUAUAAAUAUUGAUUCGACAUGUUCGACCAUUUUAACUAACGGAAGGAUGGUUCGUGAAAAAUAUUUUAAAUCUCGGCAUAAUAAUUUUAUAAAUACGAUUAAGUACAUACUCCGUUAAUCGGAUUUGUAUAUAUAGAAAAGAGCGAUACGCGUCACCGACUGGACGUUAUUACGAAGAAAGUAUUGUAUUUAAGUUUUUUAAUUAAUCGGAACAAACGAAGGAGAUAUUGAAUUCGCUUUUAAUGGUGUACCUUAACUCGUUGAUCGCAUUUUACAUGGAAUGAUUAUAAUAUGGAAGGAUUAAUUGUCGGGAGCAUUUUAGAUAAUUAAACGUGAAAAAAGUUCUCGGAUAUUUGCUUAGAAAUUUUUAUCACUCGUGGUCAUUGAUCGUCGAAGUAUCUACCGUAAAAAAGAAAAAAUACAAAAAAAAGAACAAAAAAAAACAUAAAAAAAACAUGUUACUAUGAAAAAUUUAUAUAAGUUGUGUAAUUAACGUACGUUAUAUAGCUAGCAAGGGAAGGAAGAUUUUGAGUAUAUCUCGCAGGAAUAUUUGGUUAGAUGUAGUAUUAAAAAGAAAAAAAAAAAAGAAAAUAAGAGAAGAGUUCGUCGCGAUUGAACAUACGAUAGACAAUAAAGGAGAUGCAAGUAUCAAAAAUGGAAAAAUAAAAAAAAAUAAAUAAAAAAGAAAACUGUCGCGCGAUUUUCAAUUCAUGUCUUUCAUACAUUAUUAUCCGUGAGUUUCUUUUAAAAUCGACAAACACAUAACUUUGCAUACCGUGUCCGCAACAUAAUUAACAUAAAAUAUGAAACGGGUCUGUAACAAUUUUCUAGCGAUGUAUAUAUAUAUAUAUAUAUACAUAUAUAUACAUAUAUUGUGCUUGUAAAUAUGUCGAUGAUAAUCACACUGAGAAAGAAAGAAAGAGAGAGAGAUGUCACAGCGAAUUUUUCAGAUAGCAAAAAAGAUGCGAGCGUAAAGAAAAAAGAAAUAUAAAGCGAACACAGACGAAAAUAGCAAGGUUUGAUUCGAUUUCUCAUAAGAGAUUCGAAAACAUGAAAAGUGAUGUCGAUUAUUCGAAAUGAAGCUUUAUACCAUAUACAUAAAUACAUACAUACACACAUUUAUAUAUGUAUAUAUGGUUCAUAUUUAUAUAUAUAUAUAUAUAUAUAUAUAUAUAUAUAUAUAUAUAUAUAUAUUUAUAUACAUAUACAUAUUUGCUUUCUUUAUCGGAUAAAGUGUCUCCUUAAAAAUAAGGAAGUAUUAUAUCAGAGCAAAUCAAAAAUUUGCGAUAUCGCAUGUACAUGGAGUCUUUCAAGAAGCAUAGAUUUCGUCUCGUUUACCUGGUACCUUAGAUUUCGACCUUUUGCUGUCACGCACACUAACCGUACAGUUCGGUUCGUAGAAAUUUUAGACGAUAUCAAAAAAGAGAGAGAAACAGGAAGAGAGAGAGAGAGAGAGAGAGAGAGAGAUAAAAAAGAAAGAGAAUAAGAAAGAAAAAAGAAUGAGGGACAAAAAAAGAAGAGUAAAGAAAUAAAAAGAGGCGAGUUUAAAAGAAGAAACUCACGAUUUUUGUCGUGACCUCGUAAAGCUCGUGCGUCUGAUUUCGAUACGUGGCGAAACACAUAUCACCGAUCUCGACAACGAUUUUCAAAAGUCUCUAAGCGUUUUGCACAUUGUAUUAAAAAAGUAGAAAAAGAAAAUGAGAUGAGAAAAUGAAAAAGAAUAAGAAUAAGAAUAAAAAUAAAAGAAGAAGAAGAAGAAGAAGAAACAUAUAUAAUGUAAAUGGCUGGUAUCGCUGUAGUCGCAAUGGGACCGUUUUAAGAAUAAGACAAAUUCUUAUCUUUAUCGCUCUUAAUAAUCCCUUUCGCUCUAAUCAUCUCGAAUGACUCGCAUAAUGCGAAAUAAUGGAGAGAGAACAUAUUUAGUCCUCCCUCAACAUUUUUUCUUUUCUAUUUUUUUUUUUUUUUUUUCAAUCGGACGACCAUCGAUGCGACUGAUAUAAAUCAAUUUUGAUUGCUUUUUUCCCUUCGUAGAGUAUUCAAAAAAAAGAAAAAAGAAAGAAAGAAGAAGAGAAAAGAAAAAGGAUGAAAGGGAAAGAAAGUGGAGGAGAGAAAGAGAGAAUACGAAACGCCGAUGGGAAAACGUAAUUUAAAAAAAAGAAUCAGUAAAGACUUACCUCAGUAAACAUAUACUCAAGAAUCAAACGUCUUAAAUUCGAGAAUAUAUACUGUAGUGCCGAUGUCCUUUGUAUAUUUUCAAUACUGUAAAUAGAUAUAUAAAUACGCCUUAUUAAAUAAUUAAUGGUAAUUAAUCAGCAAUCACGCCGUACAACGGCUGGUCGAUUUACGCAUUAUUGAAAAUCGAAGUUGGUGCGUUUUACUAAGAUAAAGAGAAAGAAAAAGAAAGAAAGAAAGAAAGUAGAAAGAAAGGAUGAAAAGAUGGAUAAAAGAAAGAGGAUUUAUGUGAUUGGAUAAUUACGUGUUUAGCAGGAAGCUUUACGAGUUUCGAGAGAACAUUUUGUAAAAAAUAAAAAAAAGGAAAAAAAAAGAGAAAAGAAAUUAAGAAUAGAAAAGAAACGUGAAAGAACGAGGGAAGAAAAAAAAAGAAAAUAUGGCCUAUGUUGUUAAUAUCUCGAAAGUCGUCUACGUUUGCGUUACGUUGCAUCUUUGGCUAUGUAGCGAUUCGUCUAAAGAUUGUUCACGAAUUAAUUAUGAGUUAGACGAAAAAUACAGAGAAAAAAUAAAUUGCGAGAGAGAAAGGGAGCGAAAUAAACCGUGAUAAAAGAAAAGAGAGAUCAAUUUUUUCGGAGCGCUAUAUAACGAUAGUAAUUAUUCGGUACGCGAGUUAGAGAAAUCGACGAGUUUUUUCGGCGAAUAUUUAUUGCUAUUAUUAUUUAUGAAAAGGUAGAAUAUUUACGGAGCGUUUCGUUCGCUUGUUGAGUUUUGAGAGAAAUAUAAAGAAAAACGAGAGAAACGUGCGUAAAAUGUACAGGUAUAGAGAAAAAGAGAGAGAGAGAGAGAGAGAGAGAGAGAGAGAGAAAGAGAGGAAAGCGAGAGAAAGAAAAAAGAUAUCCUUUCUGUGGUAAAUGGAAUAUCUAAUCGGAAAAGAUACCAAGAAGAGACAGAGAGCUUGGUCAAACUCGUAAAACAAAACGACUUACCGUGAUUGCGUUAAUAAAUAAACAAAUUUAAGACCGCGACGAGUGUACUUUCGGUGUAUAAUAUAAAUAUUAAUAUUAUACAUAUUAUAUCAAUUGUCAGUGGUAUUAUACUAAGAGAUGAUAAUUUUAUAUUUACAAGAUAGAAGGGCCGUUAAAUCUAAAUGAGUGUAAUAUACAUAUGUACUAUGAAUUCCCACCCUUCCCCGAUUCUAGGGAGAAAGUUAGCAAAGCUACCUUAUUUAAUAAUAUUUGGCAUAAUAUUUAUAUAUAUAAAUAUGAAUAUAAAUAUAUAAAUACAAAUAUAAAUAUAUAAAUAUAUAAAUAUAUAAAUAUAUAUAAAUGAAUGAAUGAAUGAAUAAAUAAAUAAAUAAAUGAAUAAAUAAAUAUAUAUAUAAAUAUAUAUAUACACAUGAGAGAUAGAGCAUAAAAUAAAAAAAAAAAUGGAUAGGCUCGGGUGCGACAAUAUUUGUCGAUUCGAGAAAAAGUAUGAAGCUAUGUGAUCCACUACUACUAGUAGCUUUUAGCUGUAAAGACUUAUACUUUAUUUUGUAAAUUUUGUUUAUACAAUGUUUGAUCGUUCACGCAUAAUACUAUUGUAUGUGAAAAUAAGUUAAUAAAUCAUUAACAUGUGAAGUUAAA